GGUCUUUUUUAUUUCCGCCCGGCAUCGACGAGAGACGCAUCGUCAUUGUGCUGUGAUUAAAAAAGAGGUGAUCUUGAAGAGUCGAAGAAAGUUAGCAAAAUGGCUUCACCACGAGUCUUCAUGGAUGUGACCGCUGAUGGCCAACCUCUGGGAAGGAUUGUCAUCGAAUUGAAAGCGGACGUCACCCCCAAGACAUGCGAAAACUUCAGAGCACUAUGCACCGGCGAGAAAGGCUUCGGCUACAAGGGCUCCACUUUCCACCGCGUCAUCCCGAACUUCAUGCUUCAGGGAGGUGACUUCACAAACCACAAUGGCACUGGUGGAAAGUCUAUCUAUGGUGAGAAGUUUGCCGAUGAGAACUUCGUCCUGAAGCACACUGGCCCAGGUGUUCUCUCCAUGGCCAAUGCCGGACCUAACACCAACGGCUCUCAAUUCUUUAUCACCACCGUCAAGACCUCAUGGCUAGACGGCAGACACGUCGUCUUUGGUAAUGUUGUUGAAGGAAUGGAUGUUGUGAAGCAAGUUGAAGGUUUUGGCUCCCAGUCUGGCAAGCCAUCAAAGAAAGUUGUGAUUGCUGACUGUGGCCAGCUGUCUUAAGUAAUAUGUAUUUAUAAACGCAAUAUUUUAAGUUUAACAUGAGUCCUCCUUUAUACCUUCCCAGUAAUAAUAAAAAUUACUAUCUGUAAAGUUACUGUGGUUCAUUCCAAUGGUGUUAUAAAUUUAUAACUAUGCUCUAGGUCGCAAAUUACGAAUUGCAUUUAUUUCUGUGCAUUGUUUAUUCAUAAUAAAUUAAUUAACUUAUAA